AUGGAUGACAUUGCGAAGCAAACAUGGGAGAAACUCGAAGAGAUGUUUGGGGCUAAAUCGUUGCACAACAAGCUCUUUUUGAAGAAGGAGCUCCACUCUCUAAAGAUUGACAAGAAUCCCACCAGGCGUGCCAAAAGUGUUGGCUGUUGCGAAUCUCACGGCCUGGUGAUCGGGCUGAGGGGAUGUGCGUCAACACGUGACGUCCUUCUUUUGGAUGCGGUGCGGUUGUGUGCGGGCGUGCCAGCACAGUUUACCGUGCGUCGAGAUGAUGAUGAGGUUUGGGUAGAAGAUGGUUAA